CACUAAAGUAGCUCUAUAGCUCAUCCUCACGGCCUCCUAAAUGGAAAGUAGCCAAGGACCAGUAGUACUAGACUUUGAACCCCACCUCUCCAUGGAAGUUCAUCAAGUUUCUCUUCCACCUCGCCGGAGCACCCUUUCUAAGUUCCGAAAUAGGCUCAAAGAAACCUUCUUCUCCGACGAUCCCCUCCGCCAAUUCAAAGGCCAAUCAUUGAAGAAAAAAUGGAUUCUUGCAGCUCAAUAUAUCUUCCCUAUUCUCCAAUGGGGACCAAAUUACAAUUUCAAUCUCCUCAAAUCCGACAUAGUCUCUGGUCUCACCAUUGCUAGUUUAGCCAUUCCCCAGGGGAUCAGUUAUGCUAAGCUAGCUAAUCUUCCACCGAUUGUUGGUCUAUAUUCGAGUUUUGUUCCUCCACUUGUAUAUGCUGUUCUUGGUAGUUCAAGGGACCUUGCAGUUGGACCUGUCUCAAUAGCUUCUCUGAUAAUGGGAUCCAUGCUUAGACAAGAGGUUUCCCCUUCACAAGAUCCGAUCUUGUUUCUUCAACUUGCUUUUACAUCCACUUUCUUUGCUGGGUUAUGUCAAUCUUCUUUAGGAUUCCUAAGACUUGGGUUUAUAAUUGAUUUUCUGUCAAAAGCUAUAUUGAUUGGGUUUAUGGCUGGAGCCGCCAUUAUUGUAUCUCUUCAACAACUUAAGAGCUUACUUGGUAUCAAAAACUUCACCACUCAAAUGGGUUUGGUUCCUGUCUUAACCUCUGUUUUCCAUCGUACAAAUGAGUGGUCAUGGCAAACCAUACUAAUGGGGUUUUGCUUCCUUGUGUUCCUCCUUUUAACAAGACAUAUAAGCAUGAAGAAACCAAAGUUGUUUUGGGUAUCAGCAGGAGCACCACUUUUAUCUGUUAUCAUCUCAACCCUAAUAGUGUUUGCAUUCAAAGCUCAAAACCAUGGCAUAUCAGUGAUAGGAAAAUUACAAGAAGGAUUGAACCCUCCUUCUUGGAACAUGCUUCGUUUUCAUGGAAGCCAUCUCGGCCUUGUCGUGAAAACCGGGCUCGUUACAGGCAUUAUCUCCCUCACCGAAGGAAUUGCGGUUGGAAGAACAUUUGCUGCCCUAAAGAACUACCAAGUUGAUGGAAACAAAGAAAUGUUAGCAAUUGGUUUGAUGAACAUUGUUGGAUCUGCCACUUCUUGUUAUGUCACAACAGGUGCAUUCUCGAGAUCUGCAGUGAACCACAACGCUGGUGCGAAAACAGCGGUAUCUAACAUAAUAAUGGCAGGAACGGUUAUGGUUACGCUUCUUUUCCUCAUGCCACUUUUCCAGUACACCCCAAAUGUUGUUUUGGGCGCAAUCAUAGUAACUGCCGUUAUUGGUCUGAUCGAUGUUCCUGCUGCCUAUCUUAUUUGGAAGAUUGAUAAGUUCGAUUUUGUAGUCAUGAUUUGCGCGUUUCUUGGUGUCGUUUUCAUCUCGGUUCAAGAAGGCCUCGCCAUCGCUGUGGGUAUUUCAGUAUUUAAGAUUCUAUUACAAAUCACGAGACCAAAGACAGUGAUGUUGGGGAAUAUACCCGGGACAAACAUUUAUCGCGAUCUUCAUCAAUACAAAGACGCGAUUCCUGUCCCGGGAUUCCUCAUUCUCACCAUUGAAGCUCCUAUAAACUUUGCUAACACCACUUACCUCAAUGAAAGGGUUAUGAGAUGGGUAUAUGAUUAUGAGGCCCAAGAAGAGGAAACUCAGAAAAGAUCAAACCUCAGAUUUGUUGUUCUAGACUUAUCUGCUGUGAGCUCUAUAGACACAAGUGGAGUGUCAUUAUUCAAAGAUUUGAGGAAGGCCCUUGAACCUAAGAGUAUUGAGCUUGUGCUGGUAAAUCCGGUUGGAGAGGUUGUGGAAAAGCUGGAGCGAGCAAACGAUAGUUAUGGUGGAGCCGAUUACUUGUUCUUGUCGGUUGGGGAGGCGGUUGGUACUUUGCUCUCGACGGUUAAGGGUCAAUCGGCGAGCCAUAAUAUAGUAUGAGGAAAUAAAUGAAAGGAAGGUUAUUGAUAAUGUAGCAAUGAAAUGCAUUGAAUAUUAUUAUGAAUUCUUCUAAAGUGUAGCUUAAAUAGUUAUCUUCUAAAAAACGUGUUGUUUAGUACGUUGGUUCACUCUUUUGCUUCUUUAAUGAAACUAGCAUAAUGUCUUUUCGUUGCAAAAAUUAAUCAAAUUUACUUUGUUGUCGUCA